AUGUUUAUCGGUAUUGCCCCUGUUGGUUUACAUGGCUCACGCUCGCGGAAUCCACAGGGAAAGGUUGCAGAGCUACGGCAGGAGCUCAAUAGUGGCGGCAAGAAAGACAAGAACUAUUCCGCCAAAAAGAUCGCCCUCAAGAAGAUUGUCGCGAACAUGACUAUGAGCAACAACGACAUGGUUGCGCUUUUCCCGGAUGUGAUCGAAUGCAUGAACCUGCCGAGCUUGGAGAUCAAGAAGAUGUGCUUUUUGUUUUUGGUCAACUACUCGAGGAUGAAGCCAGAGGUGGCCUUGAAGGCAUUGCCUAUUCUGGUUGAUGAUAUGGGCGACAAUAACCCAUUGGUGCGCGCACUCGCACUGAGGACAAUUUCCUAUGUGCAUGUGCGCGAGUUCGUCGAGGCGACAUCCCAGCCUCUUACACGUCUCAUGCAAGACAACGAUCCUUAUGUCCGUAAGACGGCUGCCUUCUGUGUCGCGAAGCUGUACGAGCACGAUAAGAAGAUGGUUGAGAAUUCGGACUUGAUCGACCGACUCAAUCGCAUGUUGAAGGACGAGAACCCGACUGUUGUAUCAAGCGUUCUGGCAUCGCUGGUUGACAUCUGGGGCCGAAGCGAAUCGAUCUCUCUGACCAUCGACUAUGUCAGCGCUUCAAAGCUGGUUUCGAUUUUGCCAGACUGCUCCGAAUGGGGUCAAACCUAUAUUCUGGAGGCAUUAAUGUCCUAUGUGCCUCAAGAUACCGCCGAGGCGCUUCUGCUGGCAGAGCGAGUUGCUCCGCGACUCUCCCAUCAAAACUCCGCCGUUGUUCUUACAUCCUGCCGAGUCAUUCUCUAUCUCAUGAACUACAUUGCAGGCGAAAAGCAUAUCACCUCAUUGUGCAAGAAGCUCUCUCCACCCCUCGUCACACUCCUUUCCAAGCCUCCCGAGGUUCAAUACCUGGCCCUGCGAAAUGCAAUUCUAAUCCUUCAGAAGAGACCAGAAGUUCUGCGGAAUGAUAUCCGCGUGUUCUUCUGCAACUACAACGACCCUAUUUAUGUCAAAGUUACCAAGCUGGAACUGAUGUUUAUGCUGACUACGAAAGAAAACAUAUCUGUUGUUCUGGCAGAACUUCGAGAAUAUGCCACUGAGAUCGAUGUUCACUUCGUUCGCAAGGCUGUUCGCGCUAUUGGAAAAUUGGCCAUCAAAAUCGAAUCCUCUGCGAAGCAGUGUAUCAACACGCUCUUGGAGCUCGUCGAUGCCAAAAUUCCAUACAUCGUCCAAGAAGCAACAGUCGUCAUUCGCAACAUUUUCCGCAAAUACCCCAAUCAGUAUGAGAGCAUUAUCAGUCACGUCAUUCGCAACAUCGACGAUUUGGAUGAACCCGAGGCCAAGGCGGCCGUGAUUUGGAUUAUUGGUCAAUAUGCUGAUCGCAUUGAUAAUUCGGACGGUCUGCUCCAGGACUACCUGGCUACUUUCCACGACGAAACAGUGGAAGUUCAAUUGGCUUUACUUACAGCUACCGUCAAGCUUUUCAUUCAACGGCCCACCAAGGGCCAACAGCUUGUACCGCAAGUAUUGAAGUGGUGCACUGAAGAAACAGACGACCCCGAUCUUCGCGAUCGUGGAUACAUGUACUGGCGUUUAUUAUCCACAGACCCAGCAACUGCCAAACAGGUGGUCAUGGGCCAAAAGCCUCCAAUCACCGCCGAGAGCGAAAAACUCGACCCGCGCACACUGGAGGAACUGUGUUUGAACGUCGGCACUUUAGCUACUGUGUAUCUGAAGCCCAUUCACCAAGUUUUCCGAGCUGCCCGUCCCAGGCGUCUGUUACCCAGCCCAGCUUUGCAGCAAUCCCGCACCGAAAGCAGCUCAGACACUGGCUCUAUGCUGGAAUACAACCCUCCCUCCGCCACUAUGGCCUCAGCAUCAACCAGUAACAGUGGUCUGGCUACGAUUACAACCACAGGCGUUCCCGUCACGCCAAUCAACGCCCCUCCCCCACCGCAUCUGCCUGUCGGUCCGGGACCCAAUGCAUCAUCCACGGGACCAACGAAUAUGAAUGAGGCUGCUCAUGCGGCGGACGCCUAUUUCAGUGGAAUUGGCUCUCAGCAAAUGGCUUCGUUGGAUCUGGAUGGCUCUGGUGGUGGUGGUGCGCCUCAGACGCAAUACGUCGUUACUCAAAAUCAGCAGCAGGUGUAUCAGCCACAGUUGGCUGGCGGUGCUGCGACUGGUGAGCUAUUGCUGUUAUAA